AUGUCUGAUAUUGAGGUACAACAAAGCUUUUUCAAUGACAUGGUUGUGCCAGAUAUUCCUUGGUUGCGUGUAAACUCAGCAUCAUCAAUAACGAAACCAGUGCCUAGUCGUGGCUUUAUGCAAACAAAGGCAAAAGUGCAAGUUCCAAACAUCAGCUCAAACCUAUGGUUUGGUUACUUGGUAGUUGAGAUGAUGAGUCAUAAACACAAUACAGCCACCACUUUGAGAAUUGUUCGUGAGCACAAGGGCGGAUUGAGAAUCAUACUCAACACGAAUAGAUAUUUGAGUCGACUCUUGUCCAUUAAACCCAUAUUUGUCGUACCCUAA